AUGGCGGCAGUCCGGAGUAAAUACAAGAUAGAGGAUGAGACGGCUAUGUGGCGUUUCAUAAUGCGAAUUCUACACGAAGGAAGAGGUACAAGUAUAAAAGGAAAUGUUAUUUGGGCUGAGUUUGCUGGUUAUUAUAAUUCACCGGAUGGUAUAGUUCGGUCCAUCUCUAGUCUCAACUCUCAUUUUCGCAAAAAAAUGUUGCCAUCAUUAGCAGAAGCCAAGCUUCCACUGGAAGAUAUUGUCUACAUUCAUAAUAAGAUACCCUUAACUAUUUUCAACGGCAAUCUGUUCAAAUCGCGUUGUGUUGCUGCAGAUUGUCCGGAGCUCGUGAAAAAGCUGAAAAAAAGAAAUUAUUUCAGUUCGAAAUGUUCCCAAGAUGUUUUUGAUAGUUCUUCGGAAAGUGAAGGUUCUCCAGUUCGGAAGACUGUAGACAUCGUAAAACAAUCGGAAAAAGCACCACGCUUGAGUUUGAAUGAAUCUGUUGUUGAUGUGUUAGAGAAGUUUCAAAUCCGUAGACGACGCGAGCAGAACCCUCACUUAGGCCUGAGAAGUAGUACCAAGCAUGAACUUUCGAGUCCUUCGACAACCGCUACACCUAGACGUUCCUUAAGAUUAGCUAAUAUUCCUCAGAACACGCUGAACACUGAUCCGGAGGAUGUGCCUGUAAUCAUUUCACCCAAGCGUAUUAAAAAGAAGUCAAUUCUUGUUGCGACUCCGACCCUUCCUGAACUAGCGUUAGUUCCAGGAACGCCUGUAACAAGGUCUGCAAGCUUACGUAAAAGGAAAGCUAUUCCAUUGGAAAAGAACACAGCGGGAGAAGUCGACGUAGAUAUUGUGUUAGAUUCGAAUCCUCUUAGUGACAAUAUUGGAUCAAAAAAUAAAGCUUCUGCUGGUAAUGAAACUCAUCGCAGUAAGGAGAGUCAACAUAUAUCAAAAAAAACAACAACGCAGACGCGUUUAGCCAAUACUGAUACUCAUUCUGAAACCUUUUACGAUUCUCGUUUGCUCGACAAAUUGCUAGAUUCUAACCUGCAAGACGAUUGUGAAGAUGUACUCUCGCCUUGUGAGGAGAUUGGUCAAGCCGAAGAUCCUGUUGAAGUUUUAAGUUCACCUAGCACGCAUUCCUUCUUCAUAUGUGAGAUGAGCCAAGAUUUUGUUGCUGAUCUACUUCAAGGAGUUGACGAGAAUACGCGAAAACACUUAUGUCUGGAUUUGCUAUUGCAUAGAGAAUUUCUUCAAUUGCUCUCGGAUUCAUCUUCAUACGAAGAUUUCUCAAAAAAACUUACUUUGUUUGGAAAUCGUUUUCGAGAUCUAGUACACAGUUCAAACUAUGAGCUUAUAAAUUUGACGCAAGCUGACAUAACAACAGCUAACUUCAAGAAGUUUUCGAAGCCAAUAAAUAUUCCUGAAACGAAAAUAGCAUGGGAUGUAAGGUUGGAAAUCCUCAAUGAGCUUUUCCGUUCUUUGACAAAAUAUCCCGUCGCAAAAACCUUGAAGAUGAGAUAUCAACUAAUAAACGCAGAAGGGAAUGCUGCCCAACUCGGAAGUCUUCAGCAGGGCUUCUACGAUUAUUUCAUCGAAGCAAUACGUAAAGAGUUCGCACUCAACCAAUUAUAA